ACCCCUCGCUUCUUACAGUCACGUCACUUUUUUACCGAUGCUUGGACACAUACCAAAAUCAUUAGAAAAGAUAGAAAAUGUUUUCUCCUCUGAAACAUAUUUCAUAAGCUAUUAUAUAGUAUAUGGUUUUUUUGAAAUAUCAAAGAUCCUCCUCAUCAGCGACAUGAAUCACACACAAAAGACAAAAGCCUUGAAAAUUGAACCAUUUUGCCCUUUCAAAACCAAACAGGUUACCUGAAUCUAGUGGUUUAUCCAAAUAGAAAGGUAAACUCUUAAAAGCUUUCCAUGAAUCCCAAGUUCUUACCGACCUUGAUAUUAUGAGACCGGGGUACUAAAAAUAUCUCUUAUAUAUGAUUCACUUCCAUUUGAUCUGAAAAAAAAGAAAACUUCACACAUGCAUGGCAUGACAUGUAUACACAAAUGUACGGAUCAUCACAAAAUUUUGAGGUACUGACGAACCCCAAGAUAUUUAGCACGUUGGUCCAAUCAAAUUAUAAAACUAAUUUCAACUCUUGGAUUUCUCGUACGUGGUCUUCUUCUUUCUUCUAAAAGAUCAAGACUGCCUAUAUAAUUCCAAGUUUAUCUAGUUUACAUAUAUUAAUAUAAGUUGCCAUUACACAAAAAUACUUGUUCUAAUUACAAUCUACAAGAUAUGAGAUGGAAUUUCCUUUUUUUUUAAAAAAAAAAAAAACUUCGUAAAGAUAAGUCGUCAACUAAAAUUAAAAUGUCCUCUUUUUGUCUGUCUCUCUGUUCAUUAAGAAAACUGUUAGAUUGUUGGGGAAAAAACUUCUAAUUUUAGCAAAGUGCCAAAACCAUUAUAAGUUUAAAUCUUGGCAACAAACAAAACAGUUCAAAUCUGUUUUUCUCUCCUCUCUUAUUCUUCUUAAUUUCUUUUUACCAUUUUCCUUUAUCAUUCGGUCUCCUUAUUUCCUCCUUGUGAGGGUAAAAGGCCACAAUGUCUUUCUAGUUUCCCGAGAAGCAAAGUGUCCAGCAAUCAUCUCGAGGGCUGAGAAAGAUGGCUACAAGAAGACUAAAAGGAAAAGACAGUAAAGCAGUUACCGCCAUAGCCAUUGAUAAGGAUAAGAACAGCCAACACGCUUUGAAAUGGGCUGUUGAGAACAUCAUCAUCGAUUCUCCAAACUGUAUCCUUCUCCAUGUUCAAACCAAAUUGAGAAUUGGGGCAGGAGAAAACACAGAAGCUCCACAUGACAACCAAGAAGAGGCUCAUCAGUUCUUCCUUCCCUUUAGAGGAUUCUGUGCUCGGAAAGGGAUUAUAGCAACGGAGAUUCUUCUUCACGAUAUUGACAUCUCCAGUGCAAUUGUUGACUACAUCACCAACAAUUCCAUUUCAAAUUUAGUCCUUGGAGCCUCUGCACGAAAUUCUUUCCUCAAGAAGUUUAAGAGCGCAGAUGUGCCAACAACUCUGCUUAAAACAACCCCAGAUACAUGUGCUGUCUUCAUUGUGUCUAAAGGAAAGCUCUUAACAAGCAGAUCAGCGAGUCGGCCUCAGACACCUCAAGGUCCUCAGACACCGCAAGGCCCUCAUACAUCGCAAGGUCCUCUUACACCGCAAGGUCCUCAACACGCUCCUCAUCCUUUAAAGCAUCCCGUAAUGAUGUCUGAUCCUGGCCCAACAAGUUCCACUUCCAGCGAAUCCGGAAGGUCACCUCCUGCAUUAAACGGAGAAUUAUCUCCACCUACACCUCAUUACAAGCAAUCUUUCAAUAGGAGUUCCAUGUCAGAGCUUAGCAAUGAAUCUCCCAGUGGUCACAGUGCUGAAUCAAAUGCUAGUUUCUACAGCAUCCUAGGACGAUCCACAUAUGGAGGAAGCUCACACUCUUCCAUGUCUGAAAUGACUGAUGGAGAAGAAAGCUUAUCAGGGGGCAACAUCACUGAACACCAGAAUCAAAAUCUUGAAGCAGAAGUGAGAAGAUUGAGACUCGAAUUGCACCAGUUUAAUGCUUCCAUAUGCAGAGAAAGUGCCCCUCAUCUUCAAGGACCUAGAGCUACCGCCGAAACUGAAAAGCUGGAGGAAGCAAAGGCAGCAAGAGAGAUGCUUAGGGCAUUGUCCGAGAUGGAUAAGCAAAAAACACAGAGUGCGAUCCAAGCAACUGAAAUGGCACAACGUCUAGCGGAAAUAGAGACCCAGAAGAGACGACUUGUGGAGAUGCAAGCCAAGUUCAAGGAACAGAACAUGGCCGAUAGUAUAUCCUACAGACGAUAUAGCAUCAGAGAUGUUGAAGGUGCUACCGACGGUUUUUCAGAUGCUCUAAAGAUUGGGGAAGGAGGGUAUGGACCUGUGUAUAAAGCCGUUCUUGAAAACACUUCUGUUGCCAUCAAAAUCUUGAAGUCAGAUGUCUCACAAGGCCUGAAGCAGUUUAACCAAGAGAUCGAGGUUCUAAGUUGCAUGAGGCACCCUAACAUGGUAAUCCUCCUCGGUGCUUGUCCCGAAUAUGGCUGCCUUGUGUAUGAGUACAUGGAAAAUGGAACACUAGAAGAUCGUCUCUUCUGCAAAGAUAAUACUCCACCAUUAUCUUGGAGAGCACGGUUCAGAAUCGCUGCUGAGAUUGCUACAGGACUUCUUUUCCUUCAUCAGGCCAAACCCGAGCCACUAGUACAUCGAGAUCUGAAGCCAGCAAACAUUCUGCUAGACAGAUAUUUAAUUAGCAAAAUCAGUGACGUUGGUUUAGCUCGGUUGGUACCUCCCACUGUUGCUGAUAGCUUCUCCAAUUAUCACAUGACUGCUGCGGCCGGUACAUUUUGUUACAUCGACCCCGAGUACCAGCAAACGGGAAUGCUUGGGGUGAAGUCUGACUUGUACUCAUUUGGUGUGGUGCUUCUGCAAAUCAUCACAGCGAUGCCAGCAAUGGGUUUAAGCCAUAGAGUAGAGAAAUCAAUUGAGAAGAAGACAUUCCGAGAAGUUUUGGAUCCAAAAAUAUCAGACUGGCCUGAAGAAGAGACUCUGGUGCUAGCUCAAUUGGCUUUGCAGUGCUGCGAGCUGCGGAAAAAGGACAGACCUGAUCUUGCUUCCGUUCUGUUGCCUGCACUGAGCAAGCUAAGAGAGUUUGCAACAGAGAAUCAUGAAGUACAUAACUCCGAUAAAACAUUUCAUGUGUCACGUGCUCAAAAUUCGGUUCCUCUUUCCCCAAUAUCUUCCUCUCAGACAGAUGAUGCUUGGGAAAAUCCUUUUGACAGAAAGAUUGGAACGUCGACGUAGAUCAAAGUGAAGCGACAUUGGCUAUCUCUGAGAUCCGCGAAGCACUUGUUCAGUUUAAGCAUCCGAUGCCAUCCCAUGCCCACCAGAAGAAGGUGAUUUACAUGAUCAUAAACAAGCCAAUGCAAGCGAAGUUGUUGUCAGUCUUUCAUGAUUUGUACUCCACCCAAAGUUCAAUGUUGAACUUCCAUAGUGUCGGAGUUCUUAUCUUGUUUAUCAAACACUUUAUUUUUUGGUCUCAUGAAAAGAAACACAUUUAUUAUAGAAGAUUUGUAUCUUCCUUGCAAAAUCAACUCACCUAGUCACUUUGCACUAGAGCAUUGCAUCUGUAGCAUAUAAAAAGCUUUUCUAAACAACUACACACUGAAAUUUGAGAGUAUAGUCUUCUCUGGAAAAAAAAUUGUUUGACAGCAUUAGUUCCAAAGAAGAUGCAAGCAGUCACACACAAAAAAAAUCUUCCUAAAACCAGAAUUAAAGGAAUACCUCUCGGAGCUGCACCAGAAAUGUUAGCUGACAGGGCAUUUUGUCAAUUUGGGACUAUACGCGCUUAGACAUUUUGUUCACAACAGAUCCACAUUACAUCAUGAAACAUUUUGUUUUAAGUCGUUACCUGGAGACAUUCCAGAGACGAGACAAAAAAGCUUCAAGAGAAAGUCUGGAAAGGUAAAAAAAUGAGUACAACUAGGGAUCAAGUGUGAUAUUAACACAUUCCAGAUCAAUGAAUAAUCACAGACAAUAAAGAAGUCCCAGCUAGAAAAGCCAAGAGCUUUAAAAAAACUUAGAAAUACCAUCAGAGAUUAGAUAGCCAACU